AUGGAAUUAUUGUUGGAAAAAUUGGUUAAAGGUCAGUUAGAGAUUACAGAAAGGUUGGAUCGGAUGGAUACUCGCCAAAAUAUGGUUGAAAAUCAGUUAGCAAAUCAACCAUCUAUAUCAAGUACUAAAGUCACAGGUAAGUUGCCAGCUAUGCCCGAAAAACCAAGUGAACACAUGAACGCCGUCACCACUAGGAGUGGGAAGCAAUUAUUGGACCCACCGUAUCCUAAUGGGGAACAAAUUGUCAAGAAGAAUCUAGAAGGUGAAAAUGAGAAAGUGAAUGAGGGUGUUAUUGCUCAAGAUAAGGAAGAUGAGAUACAAGAAAUUGAACCCGUAAAGAAGCAUACACCACCUCUACCCUUCCCACAAAAAUUCCAGAAAUCUAGGGAAGAGGAAAGAAGAGCAAACUUCUACAGUUUGAUCAAGCAACUGGAUAUCACCAUUCCUUUUAUUGAUGCAGUGACCGAGAUUCCCUCGUAUGCUAAGUUUUUGAAAGAGAUUUUAUCCAACAAGAGGAGAGCUGAGAAUCGUGAGACAGUAGCAGUAAGUGAAGAAUGUAGUGCUUUAAUUCAAAACAAGCUUCCUCCAAAACUUUGGGAUCCUGGGAGUUUCUCUAUCCCUUGUGUUAUUGGAGGAUCACUUGUUCAAAAGGCUUUAUGCGAUUUAGGGGCAAGUGUGAGUUUGAUGCCUUAUUCUUUGUGUCAAAAGCUGCAACUUGGAGGGCCAAAACCUACAUCCAUAACUCUUCAGUUGGCAGACAGAUCAGUGAAAUAUCCUAUCGGAAUUCUGGAGGAUGUGCCAGUGAAGAUUGACAAAUUUUACAUUCCGGGAGACUUCGUGGUUUUAGAGAUGGAAGAAGAUGCUAAAAUUCCUAUUAUCCUUGGGAGACCAUUCUUGGCAACCGCUGGAGCUAUAAUCAAUGUCAAAAAAGGAACCGUAGUUCUUGAGAUUGGAGAAGAUAAAGUUGAAUUUAAUGUUUUUGAAUUGGCUAACAAAUCUUCUUGUCUUGAUUCUUGCUUUUAUGUAGACGAAAUCGACUCAUGUGUUGCAACUUAUGAGAGGGGUAAAUGGAUCUCCAAUGACCCUUUACAACUCGAAGGUGAAGAUUCUACAAAGAGUGAAUGCUUGGAGGAUGGUACGAAUGAUGAGGAAUCACAGGAAUUGCCACUAGUAUUCCUUGCCUGUAACCUCGAGGAAAAGGAACCACCACAGGUAGAAUUAAAACCUUUACCAACAAACUUGAGGUAUGUUUAUCUUGGUCCAAAUUCUACUUACCCAGUGAUUGUAAGUGCUCAUUUGAAAGAUGAUGAAACGAAAAAAUUAUUAAAUGUGUUAAGACAACAUAAGAGAAUCAUUGGUUACACUAUUGAUGAUAUUGUUGGAAUUAGUGCUUCCUACUGCAUGCACAGGAUUAACUAA